UUGCCGUCGUGGGAAUUACGCUAAUAAUAGUUACCGAUGGAUCAUACGUUAUGUUUAUAAUGCACAACUGUGCCAUGUUCAAAAUAGCUGGCUACCGUCUGCAACGCGCGGUCAGCACGAAAGAGAAAUUUUUAUUUCGUACGAGAUUCAUCAACGCGGUGUUGACCCAUCAAGGAGCUAUUGCGUUCGCUGAUAUCCAACAGGAAAUAUACUCGGUAUACUCCUUUGUUUUCCUUGCAUCCGGUGUGAGCUGGAUAAUAAUGACUAUAUAUAGUUUCUCUCAGGCUAUAAGAGUGACGAAAAAUAUUUGGGACAUUCUAGUAGCAGUUUAUUCCUUAAUUUUCCAAUUCAGCUACCUAUACUUCGGCAACUUCAUUUCGCAACAGUUGAUUGACCAUAGUUCCGAGAUGUUUACAGUAACAUACGAUACGCAGUGGUACUCGAUGCCUGUGCCAGCACAGAAGCUAAUCAUUUUAAUACUGAGAAGAAGCAUGAAAUCUUGCAUGGUCACGCUUGCGAAAAUGUUUCAGCCCUCGUUCCUAGGUUUUACUACGGUAUGCAACAUGUCGAUGUCCUAUUUGAUGUUCUUGUAUUCGAUGCAAAGGUCUGAAUUUUGAAACGUAGCAUAAAAAUGCUUCCUUCGGAUUACAAAUAUUAUUACUGUUCAUGCCUUUCUGGAUCUGAUCCAUGCACCACUCUACACUCAUCUUAACCAUUCUUGCUAGAAGUUUAUGCACACACCUAUCAAGUCUGAAGCAUUUAAGAAAGACACAAAAAAAGACUUUUAAAUAUUACA